GCCGAUGAGUAAGUUGAAGUGAGUCAGCAAAGCCUGCAUUGAUCCAGAACGAGGCCGUUUGCUGGCAGUGAUGCGGAGACUUGGGAGCGAUAAUGAAUAGCUCAGUGAGUUUUCAUAGUGGUGGAAGCGACGCUCUCCCCCUGUGUUCACCCAAUAAUUUGGUGAACUCCACCGCCAGCGCUGGACAUGGGGAACUCUUGUGCUUAGCGCACGAGCUUGAAGUAGCAGCUUUAGGAUGCCCAAGUAAGCACUCAUCGAGUGAUUCUUUGACAACGAUCCGUCUCCACGCGCUGCCCAUGCAAUUGACGAUGGCGCAACGGUUGCGGCAACAUGUGCAAAUCGGAAUGCGUGGCACCGCACAAGUGACAGAGCUUAUGGGAGCUGAAAAAAAUCCGUGCGGGCGUGGCAUGACGAGUAUCCAAUGCUGCUGUAUUGACAAUUCCUAUCUGCAAAGGUGCCAGGGAGACCACCGCGCGUUGGAAAGUGCACGAACUUCGAGGGCAAGUCUUCAGGGAAACUCUUCUCCCGCGCCAUGAAGGCUACGUGGUGAAGAACAAUUCAUCAUCUCAAGAUGAGGUAAUAUCCAACUAUUAGUACGCUGCGUGCAUACUCUACAUAUUUCUCUGUCCAUGCUCGUCCAUUUUUCCCGGAAUAUGGUCGGACCUUCCUCACCGAGCAAGGACGUCCACCUCACCACUUGACGGCGAACUUCGCUGGGCGAAAUCAUCGUCGUCUCGGAGGAAUUCCCGCAGGGCUGGUGAUGGAGGAGCUCGCAAAAACUCCUGAUAUACAUUCAAUUCUGGCA